CAACCACUACAUUUAAUAAGAGAAAAAAAAGGGGGGAGGAUGAUUCGGGGCGAGCUAGAGAGAAUGGCAUUGAGAUAAUACAAGAGAGUGAGUGAGAGCGCAUUCCAACCCAGUUUUUGAUCUUUCUUUCACGAAGGUGGAUGUCAAGGAUUAUAAUAUAUAGGCCUAAAUAUACAAAGCUACAUGUUCUGGCACUGGAUUGAUGAUUCCUGACUGAAAUAAGACUUUGUUUUUAGAGAUUAUAGAAACAAGGCAAGGGAAAAGGAUUAAACCACAUCGAAGUGUUUUUAAACCCAGAAAUACAAAGACAGAAAUCAAAAUGACCAACAGUGACCAAUCAGAACGUCGCACAAUGGAUUGCGUUUUUUUCGCCUACUUUUUAUUUCAGAUCCCCUCAACAUUAUUCUUCGAUACUCAAGGUGUUUACUCAGAGAGCUUGUAUCCAAGUAUGUUCAAGUCAUUGAGAAGCCAUUAUUUGGAAACCUACAGGGAUCCAUUCUUGGCUGAUGCAUGGAGGCACCCUUGGUACCUGUCUGUCUGCCUCGUGGAACACUUCAUAGAAAUGCCUUUCUUCUUCUGGGCAGCAUACACUUAUUACUAUUAUGGUGCCCUCAAAAAGCCUUCUAUCAUAUUCCCCUCCAUCUUGUAUGCUGCUCAUACAGUAACCGCCAUCUUGGGCAUCUGGUUCAUGGCUAUCGGGGCUGAUUUUAGCCAAUCAGAGGCGAUGGCGCCAAGAAACAUGGGAGAAAGAAUCAAACUGUGCACCGCGUAUGCGCCAUUUUUUAUCAUGUCUUGCUUGAUUUUGUUCGAUGGCUGGAGACUCAGUCGAAAACAAAAAGUCGAAUGAGUUGACUUUAUCAAAUAUUAUACUCUGUAAAGUCAUCGAUGAAAACUUUAUUUAGAAAGGAAAGAAAGAGUAAAUGAGGCUGUAUUUGUCCGUGGUAGGGUUUGAAAAACAUACUUCAUUUUAUUAUCACAGUGAAUUACGUAUAGAAUAAGAAAAAUCCAGUAUUUUGUUUUAAAGCAUGUAUCUGAAAAUUACUAUUUAAGUUAUAGACCUAUAGAUCUAAUAAUCAAGGGCGCUUAAGUAAUUGCACAAAAAAUGUCUUUGCAUAACUAGAUUGACCAUGAAAUUCGUAGGACGAAAUUAUCUUAUUUUUAACGUCUGUAACAGAAGAUAGAUUAUUAGCCUAAGCCCCAAAUAUUCUCUUUCAAAUAAAAUUAUUCUAGUUAUGUUCAGGGAUCAAUUACUGUCUCAAAAAUAACGACUACAAGAUAUAAAAUACUUUAUGGUAUAUACAUUACUUAAUCAUAUGUAAUCUAUGAAUACAUUAAUUCUUUUAUGAAAUAUUCAUCUGCAUUUUAAAUAUACAACAUAGACAUAUACAAUAUUUGUUUAUUUGUUUUUAUAUAUACAACCAAAGAGCUUACAGCGCUGGCUAUUUUUUGUUAAUGUGACGUGAUAUUAUUUCAUGAGAUGUAUUAUUAUUGUUUUACAUUGUAUAUAUUACUUUGUAUUUUUUUUUAUAUUUUAAUAUAGGCAAAAUAAAAUAUGAAAAAGAAUUGUAGGCCUAAAAUUUGAAUGUCGAUCGUUUUGAUUGCCAUGUAUUUUUUUUCAAUAAAAGUAAAGUAUAAACUAUUUUAUUUAGUAUUAUUAUUUAAAUAAGUAUCAAUAUCGUUCGUGGUAAGGGCUUGAAGACGGUUCCAAAGUCAUGCCCUAAAUAAUAAUAAUAAUAAUAAUUAUCUUUAUUGUCCGUAUGGAAAUUUGUCUUACAAUUUGUGCAUUACAGAAAAAAACAAAAAACAUUAUAACUAUAAGAAACCAAAGUGUACAUUCACACCAGACGCACUCAUAAUUUACAUGUGACAAAGUUUAUAUCAGAUUGUUCUUAUUUAAUGAUUUGAUUGCCAGGGGAACAAAAGAGUGUUUGUGUCUGUUUGUCUUUGCCAUCGGUGUCUUGUAUCUCUUUUGCGAUGGUAAAAUCACAAAAUCCUGACACAAAGGGUGAUUCUUUGUUUCGAGGAUCUUGUUAGUUUUUUUUAUAGAUGUUUGUCUCAAACAACUGCCCAAAUGAGGUUUGUUUUUUGCCAAUGAUUUUACCAGCAGCAUUUAGGAUUCUAUAAAGUUUAUUUUUAUUUUUAAUGCUCAGAUUGCCAUACCAGGCAGUGAUAUUGAAACUUAAAAUAUUGCAGAUGUGAGCGUGAUAAAACAUAGCCAAGGCCUUUUCGCUAAUAUUAAACGAGGACAGUUUUCUUAGUAAUCGUAAUCUUUGCUGCCCUUUUUUGCUGAUAUAAUCAGUAUUUGCAGUAAAAUUUAGUUUAUUGUCUAGGAUAGUACCAAGGUAUUUAAAGGUUUGCACUAUUUCAAAAUGAAACUAUUUUACAAUAACAGAUAUGACUAGACCCUUGAUAAGGUUUGAAAUAUAUUUAAAAAUCCCAACUAUCAAUGAAGAGAAUGAGAGGCGGGCUGGAGAAUGGAUGACAGAAGUUAAGUUUGUGUUCGACCCCCCCCCCCAACCAUUCUAUACAUACAUUUUUAUUGAACGACCCAAUUUAAUUCCACCUUCGACCCACCACCUCCACCUAAAAACAAAACAUUAAAGACGACACCAGGUAUUUUGUUUGCAUUUUUGUCCACCUAUGACCUAUAACUUACGUAAAGAUUUCAUUUGCUUUGGUGUCCAUAGCUUUAUUUGUCACCAUCUCGUCUCCGCACAGUGCGGUCUUGGGCUGUCUUCCGACUAGUAUAUAACGACGUCAACUGCUUUGAUUACAUCAAAAUAUCGUAGUUGUAAGCGACCAGUUUUUUGGUAUGGCCAUCGAGAGGUGCCUAUAGAGAAUGACUUAGAGAUACGUUCAGCGUAAAUCACACACAUAAACUAACACAGGAAGUAUCCAUUAUCUCGAGCUUACCAAAAUGGAAAUCAUUUUGUUCAACAAACUUUAAAGUGUUAGAAUGAAGAUCAUUGCAGACAUUUUUGUUGAUUUAACAGAAUUCAAAGGGUUAAUACUAAGAUCAUUGCAGUUGUUUUUGUCGAUUGAACAGAAUUUAAAAGGUUAAAAGUAAGAUCAUUACAGAUGUUUUUGGUUGAUUGAACAGAAUUUAAAGGGUUAAAACGAAGAUCGUUGUAGACGUCUUUUGUUGAUUGAACAGAAUUUAAAGGGUUAAAACGAAGAUCGUUGUAGACGUGUUUGUUGAUUGAAUAAACUUUAAAAGGAAGAUGAUUGUAGACAUCUCAUGUUGAGAUCGCGGCAAGUCUCCAGCUCCAUACUACGCACUGUGCUCGUUCUCUUCAGUGAAAAACGUGUUUAGAUGGUUUGUUUAUUCAAGAAACUUAAGUUAGAUUGUAUAAAGUUACACUCACGAUAUUCAACGUGCACAAAAUAACUUCUUUUUCAUAUUGAACAAUUGUAUUCAGUAUAAUAAGCACGCCUACGGUAAUCUCAAGACUUGAAGUCAGUAAAAAAAAUUAUAACUUUUAUAUAGCGCUACUUUAAUGAUUAUUUGUGGACCAGUUGGGGGGGGGGUGAGGAGGGGGCAUCUGGUAGAGGGUUUUCAGUGUUGUCCUUAGGCGCUCAGUAAACACAACUCUGCCCGAGCCGGGUGUCAAACCUCGAGCCCACUUCAUAGCAAUGUCGACUCACAUAAACAGCCUAUAGUCAGAUGUCAUCUCAAAAGAUGUAAAAAAAAAAAAACCACAACAAUAAUACUUUAUGUAGUGGGGAGGACAUAAUAUACGGGUCGGCUCAACUUGACCAAGCACCGGUCAGCAAAGGGUCAAGUUGACCUCUGCCCCGGUAGCUGAGAUUCGAAUUCCUUUUCCUGCUGGCAUCCUCGAUUGAAACUUGCUGCUACGCACCUACUCCAAUACCACCUUGUCUGAUCCUGCUGUGUUUGUCCUAAGUUCAUUGUUUUGACCAAGGCUGCAGGUUUUUUGUGUACAUUAAACUUAUAAUAAGCCUCCUGACUUGCUUCAUCAUUUGGGUUGUCAUAGUCUGUGCUGAACCCACCACAGAAUCUUUUGGUGUCAGAAGUGGGAUCCGAAGAAAGAGUCUACCAGACCUCCCUUUCAGACGAUAAGUGGAGCCUUCGGAACCUUGCAAUCAAGUCAGAAGCUGAACAAGUACUUUUUUUAUUAUAUUGUACCAUUUGAGAUAUUCCGGUUGUUUUGUUUUUUUUUUCUUUCAGGGUAGUUUAGGUAGUUAUUAUUUAAAGUAUAUAAUUGUAUUAAGUUAGAGUAUAAUUGUAUUAAACAAAAACCUGCAGCCAAUGGAGAACAGGACAAAACACAAUGCAGUGGAUUGGGGUGAGGUCGGUCCUUUGGGCAGCGAAGGAGAGCCAGAAGGAGGAGCAGGAGUGGACCAAACUGAAGUCGCUGCCCUCCGGGCUCAGUUAGAGGCCCUGAAACUGGCCUGCCAACGGCCUCUCAUAAUCUCGGAACAGACAAAGCAGGUGCGCCAGUUCAGUGGUAGGGGCACUUCCGAUGAGCCAACGGCUGAGGACUUUGCAAGGGAAAUAAGAGAGGCAUGGGAGCUCAGGCCUUAUUCUGCACAGGAAAAGGUGGCAGUCAUUAUGAGCAAUGUCAGCGGCCCCGCCAGGAAGGAGCUCGAUUUGCAGACCUCAAAGACAAAGAGUGACCCAGAAGCCUUGUUGGAAACCCUCCUUGAGGCGUUUGCCCAGACUAUGCCAGUGCGAGAAGCUGAGGUGGUCUUCCUGAGAUCACGUCAACAGAUAGCAGAGUCCCUUCGAGACUUCUCACACCGGCUCUUCUGCGAACACUCGGUGGCGGUAAGCCAACAAAGGCGGGAGAGAGUUGAGUGCUUCAGCGAGGCAAGGCUGAGGGAUCAAUUCGUCCACGGGCUGAACGACUCUGCACUACGUAGGGAACUGCUGAGACUGGUGGAGGAGGAACCAGCAAUAACAUUCAUUGCAGUUAGAAACCAGGCCCUCAAAUGGGAAAGCCAGGACCGAGGAAACUCCCAACUACAAAACCAGUGGUGUGAACUGGUAAGUUCCCAAUUGAACAGGUUUGGGGAGUUAUUGGAGGCUUUACAGCACACUCCACAAGCAAAUGGGCAGAGCAGCCCAUACCCCGACCAGCCUCUCCCCCAAACACAGACAAGUCACCAAGUUCAGUGGGCAGUUAACCGCCCCACAGCACCUGCAGGACUGAUUUGGGCGCAAACAAGUAGGGGAUUCUUCCCAUAUGCUGAGGAUGGAGCACCAGUCUGCAUCAACUGCUGGAAGUCUGGACAUGUGGCGAAUCAAUGUCUGGAAUUGUCACAACCUGAAACUCUGAUUCACUCAAGUGCUAUUGGUUGUUCUGUCAAUGGUCUAUUGCCCCCUGUUUCAGAAAAUCCACCCACAAUACCUAAAAGGCAGAAGUUAGGAAAAUGGUGUAAUUUUCACAACAGCCGCUCACACAAUUUGUAUGAAAGCAGAUCAAAGCCAAUCCACACAAUUGCUGCCCUUUUUCCUGGAUACACAAACAACCCAUCUUCAUCUGGACGUAAUCCGCAAGUUGAAGAGGAAGUGCUAAUCAAUGGACGUAGGGCUAAAUGUCUAUUAGACUCUGGCUGCUCUUUUGAUGCUAUUGUCAGUAGAUCUUUUGUAAGACCUGAAGACAUUAUGGAUGUAUCAGUGACCCUUCAAUCUCUUGACUUAGACAUCCCACCCAAAACAGUACCUCUUGCUAAAGUGCAUGUCAAGUCCCGUUUUGUCCAUAGUACUAUUACAGCUGCUGUUUUAGAAUCCUCAUUGUAUGACAUUGUACUUGGAUCAAGAUUUAUAAAGCUGGAAAUUCCCCAAAACUCCACUAUUAAGUUGCCUUCAGUGCAUCUAACCGCAUCCUCUCAACAAGGAGUAAGAGACACCCAAGACGUUUUUAAAUCCAAGCACACCAUAAGAGAUAUGACGCCAUCACACCUGCCUAUUAAUGUUAGCUCUCAAUGUAGAGAGGCCCUGCAGGUUGCGAGAGAAACAGUCAAGUCUCACCCCUCCGAAUUAGUUAGCAGGAGCAAACUUGCCAUUUCACCUCAAGUCAACCAAGUAGGACAACGGGCCAAUAAACAGGCUAGGCGCAUUCACACCCGUGGUGCAAGUCACCUUACCCAACCAGGCUCUACAUCCAGAGACGGAAAGUUUGAGGCUUGUCAGUCAUGCAAGUCCCGGAUUGAUAAGUUCCGCAGACCAUAUUCAUUCAGGAGAAACAAACAGUGCCACCAGCAACAGAGACUUUUUGGUUCACCCCUCACUACCGCACUACCAUCAGGUUCCCAAACAUCUAUGACAGAUUUUAGUGUCCUUGAUUACCAGAUGGAAAGCCCACAGCACCAGCUACAUUCUUCAUACAAAGAGAAACCUGAUAGGCCACCCUGUAGAAUCCAAGGUUCAAGUACACUACAGUCCGGAAACAUAUAUGGUGUCCAAGAAAAUGGCUGUUCGGAGAAGAAACAGUUGUUUCUGUUUCCAGAAACGUACUAGGCUAAACGCCCCGAGACGGGUCGUUUCAAGCUAGGGGCUCUGUAGUGGGGAGGACAUAAUAUACGGGUCGGCUCAACUUGACCAAGCACCGGUCAGCAAAGGGUCAAGUUGACCUCUGCCCCGGUAGCUGAGAUUCGAAUUCCUUUUCCUGCUGGCAUCCUCGAUUGAAACUUGCUGCUACGCACCUACUCCAAUACCACCUUGUCUGAUCCUGCUGUGUUUGUCCUAAGUUCAUUGUUUUGACCAAGGCUGCAGGUAAACACAUUUUUACUGUUUCUUGUACAUCACAUAUUCUUGUUUAUUUUUUAUAUAUAUCAUAUUGCUACCCAGGUUUUGUCCUCAUUGUCGGACUACCUUUGUUCUAUUUAAUUGUCAUAGUUUUUGUAAGAAAUGGUAAGAGCGAAGCUCUUCAAUGUAUGUUAGUUUUCUAUAGAACUAUUUGAUUUAUUGUUUAUUAAUUACUUUGUCAUUUAUUUUAUUAAUGUUUGGUGGUGUUCCAUAUCUCUCUCAUGUUCAUAAAAGAGAUGAUUGGUUCACACUAUAAGAUUUUCUUUUUUUGUUUUUGCUUGAUCUAGUAUUUAUACCUCAUGUUGUA